UUAAAUGUCAGGGGCGCGUGUAGCGGAGUAGUUGCAGAUCCCCACGCCCAAGGUCUACCAAUCCUUCCAUCCCUCCGAGCUUUAUCCUUUAUUCUUUUCCUGCGUUUUAACUGUCAACGUUUUCUCCCCCUUUUUAUACUUCUUCAUCUAAAUUUUUGUUCCUUUCAGCUGGCUACUGUGCUAAGAGGAGAAUAUGCACGCAAUCAUCUAUCAUCAUUUAUUGCUUGUUUUGGAGGUGGUGUAUUUCUAGCAACAUGUUUGUUAGACCUCCUACCAGAUGCUAUUGAGUCAUUUGAAAAGACAAACUUUGACACCAGUUUUCCGGUCGCGGAAUCAGCCGUGAUAGGAGGUUUACUGAUUGUUCUGUUCAUGGAACAAAUUGUUCUCACAAUGCGAGAACGUGGAUGUCUCGUAUCUGGUCACACUCAUCUUCAUAGUGAAAGGGACGAUCAGGAAAUACAAGGUUCUCCAACAUCCAUGGUUUCGGGAGAGGAACGUAACUCAGCAGUCGGCGCUCUACUUCUUGUACUAGUAUUAUCGUUGCAUGCACUCUUUGAGGGACUCUCGAUAGCCGUUGUAAACGAUGCUUCAAAAUUAGUGGAGGUUUUCGUCGCUCUCACUCUCCACAAAUGCGUCAUAGGAUUCAGUCUCGGUGUACGACUUGUACAAAGUGGUUUGCGCACUUCAUGGGUGGCGCUUUCCUCUUGCAUUUUUAGUGUUCAGAUUCUUAUUGGUGGGUUUGGAGGUCUGGAACUCAUGGCUUUACUUUCUGGUGGUGAUCGUGCAACUGCGGCUUUGGUUUCUUCUAUUCUUCAAGGUAUUGCAUGUGGAACGUUUCUUUACAUAACAACGUUUGAAGUUGUGCCUCACGAACUGGACCGUAUGGGUAAUAGAAUCGUCAAGUGGCUCUUCCUGUUUCUCGGUGUUCUAGUGAUAGCGGGUUUUAUGGCUGUUUUUCCAGAAACUGAUUAA